UGCGUAGGACAUUAUUGUUCAUUAAUAAGGUACAUAUGAUAUAUCUGUACUCCGUAGCCUGCAUAUACUUACUCAUGGUUGUGUGGAAUCCGAGUUGGGUGAAGCUCUAUGUGGUUUCCCCUCUCCCACCCCCCGUGGCGUGCUUAAGGGAACCUUGUCGGUGGGGGCACGCGAGGAGGACAUGGAAUGUUCGGUGUUCUGGGUUUCGUCCGUGGCCUCGUCCGUCCGGACGUCCGACUCCCGUGCGUUUUUCGUUCGUUACACGCGAGAUGAUUAAUAUGUAUCACAUCUUUCUAAGGUUUAUUUUUUUUUUUGUGUAUCCCCUUUCUUGCUUCCCUUUUUUUUUUUUUUUUCUUGGUUUCCCCUGGUUAGGAGAGGGGUUCUUUUGAGUCCUGUCAUUUGUCAUCUGCUUUGCAAAGACACGCCGAGUGACAUGGCACAAUGUGCGCUUUGGAGAAGUUACAGAAGUGGGGAAAGGGACACACGCUCUGGGGUGUUACUGGAUAUGGAGUUGCACGACUUCUUUUUCUUUUUAUUUUCUUUAUUUUCUCUCCUUUUUUUCUAUCGGUCUCGUUCCUUUUCCCAUUCUUGCUUUUUCCG